AUGGAGGCUGCCUCCCGACAUGAGUUUCCGUUCCUUGAAGAGGUCUACUCUGCGGAGCAGCCUAAGAUCGAUUUCGUCUUCGUCCACGGCUUGAACCCUCGAGGCAAAGACAACCACCCAUUUGAGACAUGGACGCACGAGAAUGGCACCUUCUGGCCGCGGGACUACCUCCCUCAGGAUAUCCCCCAGGCACGCAUCUUCGUCUACGGCUAUAACUCCACCAUCACAAAUCCCCAGAGCAUGUCGACUGCCAGCGUCAAAGAUCACGCGAAUACACUGCUGAAUCUAUUGGACCUCGAGCGCAAUCCACAAUUAAAUGUGCGACCGCCGAAGAUAAUAUUCAUCGGCCAUAGUCUGGGUGGGCUUGUAAUCAAACAGGGACUGCUGAAUGCACACGAAGAUCCCAAGUACAAUUCGAUCCGCAACAAUACAUCUGGUCUGGUUUUCUUUGGUUGCCCGCAUCGGGGCACGAAAGGUGUUGAGCUGGGCAAGAUUGCAGCAAAAGUGGCGCGCUUCGUCGCCAAAGGACACGCCAGUAACGAUUUGCUCGAUUGCCUGGAACACAACUCACUAUUCACACGGCAGAUGACGAGCCGGUUCUCACACCAGCUUGAGGACUAUCGUGUGAUCAGCUUCGUGGAGGGUAAGGAGGUAUUCUUGGGCGGUGCUGGACCGGCCUCUGUGAGCCACUUAGUGGUAGAUGAGGAGUCAGCCGUCCUGGGGCUCCCCGGCCAGCGCGAAACCCGAUUGAAGCUGGACGCCGACCACUCGCAGAUGUGCAAAGUGGGCAGCCGCGGCCCAAUGUAUAAAUUGAUCAAGGGAAACAUCAAACAAAUUGCAGACCAAGUUCUCAUUACAGAACAAGGAUAUCUACCGCAACCUUCCGUAUCACCUCAUCCAGCCCCUCCUCUCCCUCCGCGCCUUCCAGGAAACAGCAGCAUCCCAUAUCCCGCCGCGCCCACGCCCGAACCCACCACCAAACGCGUCAUCGGCACUCUAUACACCCCCGUCGACAACGACCCUCGCUCCAUCAAGGCAGCCGAGCUGAAGAACAACUAUCGCUGGGACGAGGCACGGAGACUCGAAUAUGACAUCUUUAACGAACACAUGCGCACCAUUGGACCAGACCACCAUAGCACCCUCGAGAUCGGGUACCAUCUCGCCUCCAUCGACCUCGAAUCCGGAUAUCUCUCCAAAGCCGCAGAAUGGGCAAGCUGGGUUUCAUCCAACAGUCAACGCGUUUUUGACAAGCGUCACCCACUAGCCAUGAAGGCGGAAAGUCUCAUGGGCGAGAUCCUCUGCCAUCAGGGGAAAGGCCAGGAAGGAGAGUCGGUAUGCGCGAAUGUCCUGGCCCGGCAGCAAAUGACUAUCGGAGAAGAUGAUCUCGACACUCUCGACACACGACGAAGGUUGGCGGUCGCCUACGGCGCUGUCGAACGGCGACAAGAAGCUAUCCAGGUCUCAGAGAAAGUCACCGAACGAUUGCAGCAGUUACUGGGACCUAAUCAUAUACGCGUGUAUGCUUCCAUCCUUGAUACGGCCGACCAUAUGCUCUCGAUGCGGUCAAAUGAUACGAGGGCACUGAUGGUCAUGAAAUUCAGCGGAGAAGUCGAUCAGCUAGCGCAAGGGGCUGCACAGAUUGCACGUGAGCUCACUGAUCUGCUUGGCCCGCGCCAUCCCCUCGCCAUUCGGGCAUUGAGGCUGCAGGGUGGCAGUCAGAUGCUAGAUCCGGACGGGACAACGGUAGCAUCGGAGACGUUCCGACGGGCGCUGGCAAAUGCAGAGGAGGAACUAGGGGCGGAUCAUCCCGAAACUAUGAGCAUCGUGGCCCUGAUGGGGGUGAUGUAUGCGUCGCAGGGACGCCGCGUGGCUGGUCUGUAUGGUUUGCAUCAGCAGUCGAAUACGCAGUUGGCGACGCCAUGGUUGGGCAGAUACUUGACAUGGGCGGAGAGUCGACUGGGGAAGGGGUGUCCUGAGGUGCAGUCUACGCUGGCUAUGUUGGGCAAGUUGCACAUGGAGGCGCAGAAGUAUGUCGAGGCACAGGGGUACUACGAGCGGGUAGUCGAAGGAUGUCAUGAGAGUGGAGCGGCAGUGCCCCAGGAGGUGCAGACUAUGUUGCAGUUGUGCCGGAUGCACACAAGAUAUAUAAUGCCGCAAAGGACUUCAGGGGGGUUUCAGAACUUAUUGUCAUCGUUUCAGCGAAUGUGA